GAAGGUGACAUUGAGACUCCGCCAAGAUGGUGGACGCUCCUCUCCAACAUGGCUUCUCUGCGUCGUUCAAUCGUAGGAGCUCGCAACAAAGUAACAGUUCGAUACAACGUCUUUCGUUCUCGCUGAGUCAUCGCAGGAUUUCCAGGAUGUCUGCGGGAGAGGGGGAGGGACUUUCGCGGCAGGGAAGUACGAUGUCGGCGCGCGGAGGUAAUAUGAGAGGGUUCGGAACCCGCACGUCCAUCACGUCAGACUUAGGAGCGCUGAUGGAAAUAGACGGGAACCAAGGUCAGGGUGAGAUUGAGCAUGAGAUACGGGAGCAGCUCCGUGGUCCGCUGGAGGACAUCAGUAGACAGCGUCUACGAGCCAUGCGUAUGGCGCUACGGCGCUACGGGAACGUGGACAGCAGGAUAUCACAAAAAGACCUUCUGACUGUGUUCCAAGAACAUGGAUUAAAGAUUUCCAGUCGCCUCCUGGCUCACAUGUUACAUCGGUAUGAGAACCAGUUUGGGAUCGACUAUGAGAACAUGUGGAAACUCAUGUAUGAUACCCAACACACAACAGGUCGUGACAGUGUCAUGGCCAAGAACGCGAGUAAUGAGAAUAGCAACUCUGAUCAGCUGAACCAGUCCUUCCACAACUCUGCUGACCUCAAACUGGUGGAGAGGAUCAAGACACAGUUCGCCAAGAGUGGUGACGAGUUUGACCUUGAGGAGUUCCGAGACGAGCUGAAGGUCAGAGACAGAGGGCACACCACCACUCUGUCCAAGAAAGAGCUGAAGAAAGCUGUUGCGGAGAUGCAGAUCCCAAUCUACGGUAACGUCAUGAACGCGCUGAUGAAGAGAUGUGAUGAUGAGUGCAAUGGACAAAUCAGUUGGCCUGAGUUCUUGCGGUUCCUGACGGCAGCGAAAGACUCCCUGUUACGCGGUGAGGACGGGACAGAUCUGAACGCCUCCGGCUCCAAACUGUGGAACACUGGGACAACCUCCACUAGGACAAGCACCGGGGACGACACUAAGAAAAUGUCUACAAUGUCUUCAGGACCGAGGUUGAUAGAGGGAACGCCAUAUAGCGACUCCCCUCGCCCCUCAACUCCUCAGUCAUUGGCUCUGAAACGAAAUUCGAUGCCGACCCCUAAAGCGAGCUCCGUGUCUCCGCGUAAGGCCAGAUCCAUGGUUUCGGACACCUUACGCGGUUACGACGGGUCGUCUUCUGGCACUGAAGACAGCAGAAAACGACGAGGAUCACCAAUAGCUGAAGAAACGCACAGACCCAAAUCACCAGAUUCACAAACUGCACUGACAGAGCCCAAGCCCCCUCCUGCACCGCAGCCCACCACACCAGCACCCGCCCCAGAGGAGUUGCCAAAAACCAGCCCUCCCCCUGACCAGAUCACUGCACAAAGAAAAGACGACAAACCGGCCGCGAAGACCGUUCCCUCGAAAGAAAAGAAACAACCUGCACAGCCGAGCACUGCACCAAUCCACCCAACCCCACCGCCGAAAGAAGAGCCCCCUACACCCCCUGUAAAUGUUCCAACCCCCUCACCUGCACCUAACCCCCCACAAGAACCCCCUACCCCUACCACCACGCCACCCCCCUCUGACAAACCCUCCUCUGAACCUAACGGAAUAGUGCCGGGAAAACCGCCCUUACCUGAAAAUUCGACAGAAACAAAAACUCCCAAAGAGAACGGGCAAAAAUCUUCUCAACAACGCAAGAUUUCUCCUCCUUCACGUGAGAACACCAUGGAUAAAGAACCCCCACAAAAACGCCCCACAAAAUCCGCAAUAUCACGGAAAAGCGUCCACAUCGUUGAAAAAAGGGAGUCUAGCGCGUCCGUUGUAAAAAGACUACCCCCAAAAUCUGCCCCACCAAAACGAAGCACGACAGAGGGAAAUUUACGAAGAGUUUCGAGUCAGGCAACAAAAUCUCAGCCGUCGAAAUCGACAGUGGACCUGAGAAAAAAUUCCCCCUCUCCGAAAGAGUCCCCACCCACACCAGGGGAGGCGACUCCUUUACCCACCCAACCCCCUCACAAACCCCCACCCCCAUCCCCCACAUCCCCUCUGCAAAUAGCCUCACUUCCAUGGUUUCACACUCAGGAGGUUCAGAUCUUGAGGCCAGCAUGCACACCAGUGCCUCCAACAACAGUCUGGCAUCACUCAUGUCUAAGAAAGGUGGAAACUCCUCACCAGAUGUUUCUGAUAACGAUCAAGCUUCUUCGCCUACGAGAAGUUCCAGGCUUGUCAGGAUGGGAAAGGCGGUCGCAAUGGCGGAGAAAGCGAGGUCGGGUCACGGAGCACGGAGUCUGUUUUCACCCGCAAGCAGCGCGGCUGGGAAGGCGGUCGCUUUUGCGGACGGGACGAAGUUGAG